AUGCCUGCCUCGGCCUUUGGGGGCCCCCAGGCUGGCAAGGGAGGCUUGGCCCCAGGCCUUCCAGCCCCAGCCCCGCCCCUGGCUGCCCAGCCGACCCCCAUCCUGCCCCCAGUGAACGCCGGGCCACAGCCUCACGGGGCUUCCAGGGAGGGCAGCCUGGCCAGGAGCUCGACCACGGCCUCGCCCGAGGACUCCUGUAACCCCAAGAGUGUUUACGAGAACUUCAGGCGCUGGCAGCGCUUCAAGUCGCUGGCCCGGAGGCACCUCCCGCAGAGCCCCGAUGCAGAAGCUCUCUCCUGCUUCCUCAUCCCGGUGCUGCGGUCCCUGGCCCGCCUGAAGCCCACUAUGACGCUGGAGGAGGGAGUGUGGCGGGCCGUGCAGGAAUGGCAGCGCAGAAGCAACUUCGACCGCGUCAUCUACUACGAGAUGGCAGGAAAGUUCAUGGAGUUUGAGCUGGAGGAGGAGAUGCAGAUUCAGAAGUUGCAGUGGCUGAAGGUGGCCCAGGGCCUGCCUCCUCCAGCUCCGCCGAAGCCUGAGCCGCGGGGGCCCCCAGCCCCAGAAGCGGGCCCACAGCCAGCGUGCAUUCGCAGGAAGGCGGGUUCCAGGGCCCAGCCCUCCCGCCUGCAGCCACACAGACCCCCACGGCCCCUGGAGAACAAGGCGCCCAAGGAGAUCCCCCCUGAGGCCGUGAGAGAGUACGUGGACAUCAUGGAGGGGCUGCUGGGGCCUGGCCACUCAGCCCCGGGGGGGCCAGCCGGUGAAUGGGGAGAGGACGGGAAGGAGCCACAGCAGGAUGAGGCCACGACCUACCUGGACCCGGGUCUCCUGAGCUACAUUGACAAGCUGUGUUCCCAGGAAGACUUCAUCACCAAGAAUUCGGAGCAGGAGGAAGGACUCACCCUUGCAGAGCUGGUGAAGAAAAGACUGGUGGCCUUGAAGGCGGAGGAGGGUGUGCAGGCAGCCCCCCGUCACUGCGCAGCCCGGUCGGGCCCUGGUCCUGAGUGUCAGGCCGGUCCCGGGCUGGGGCUGGGGGUCAGCGGCAAGGCCUGCCCAGCAGAGACUGACGGCCAGGACCUUCAGAGGCACAGCCAAGCACACACACACCUGUCCAGGCCCAGAGCCUUUGCUCUCUCUCCCGGAAGGCAGGAGUCCCCUGCACCCCCGGCCGGAUGGCCCCCCUCCGCUCCCCAGGGUCAGAGGUGCACCUCCGCUCGACCAGGCCCCAGGGACGCGCCCGUUCUCAGGGAGGCCCCUCCUGCUCGGGACACUCGAGGGCCAGCGGACGGGUCCAGUGAGGACGAGGAGGAGCUCCCCAGCCUGGCCUUCCUCCUGGCCUCUCAGCACAGCCUGCUGCCCUGGGGGCUCUCCCAGAGUCCCGCUCCUGCCUCGGGCCUCCCCAGCCCUGGAGCUCGGGGGCUGCGGGGGGCUCCCCGGGCCCCCUCCCCUCAGAGGAUAGGCCUCAGCCCGGCCACCCCCCCAGCUACCAAGUCCAGGAAGCGCGCUCUGUGUGGGGGCCCAGCCCCUGCUGGGAAGACGCCCCUCCCUGGGGCCAACCUCAGGGGCUCCGCGAGGCCGGCCUUGGCCGUGGGGCUGGUUCACCCCUCACAGCCUGCAAAGAGAAGGUGUGACUCCUUCGUCACGGGCAGGAGGAAGAAGCGGCACUGUAGCCAGCAGGGAGCAGCGGGCCCGGCCUCCAGGGCCGGUGGACCCCAGGGCUCCUCCUCAUCCCGGUGCUGAGCCUGGCUGUGGGGCUCAGGGAGGGGGGCAUGA